AUGUCUCGUGAAGAUAGCACAUCGCCAUCUGAAAUUCGCAUUCAUAUCCCCACUAUAGAUGAAGCUAGUCAAUAUUCCGUUCCCAUUAAUGAAGAUACAAUCACUCAUCCAAUUCUCUCAUUUUCCGAUCCUUUGACUUCAUCUGUUAUUCCUAUUGAAUCAAAUGACGAUCGAAGUAUUGAUAAAGAAGCUAAUGGUGAUAAAAAAAAAUUACGCAAAUCAAUUGAUGAGCCGAAAGGACGUAGAAGAGAUACCGCAACUUCUAUCACGAACUUCAUUCAUCGAUUCACUCGUUUCGAAAAGGAAGAAAAGACUAAAAUUGCUAGAACAGAAGAAGAGAAACAUGUUGAACGUCCGGAUAAACUAACUUUUCCCAAUUCUGAAGAUAAUGAUUGGUAUCCUAUGAAGGAUUUCGUAAGUGAUGUUUUUCGCACGGCCCUUGAUAUGGGCAAUGAGCAGGGCAUGCCUUUGUAUGAGUGGAAGGUUGACACCUUAGACGAAUCGAUUGUGCCUGAGACUCCCUCUGGCAAUGACCUUAUUAGAUUGCAGCAGGCGGAUUAUGAACACGACUCGAUAGAACAAUCGCUCACUAGCAUGCUUGAAGAAUUCCGUUCGGGUAAAAUGAAAUCUUUCACCGACGAACAGCUAUCAGACAUGAGAAGAGCAAAAAAGCAACACGAGGAGAUCACUAACUUACACCUUGUCUUGUGUGCCAAAGACUUGGAUGUGUCUAAUAUUAAUUUCAAGCAUUACGAUGAGCUCAGUGAUAAGUUGUACAAAAUGCACAGUCGACUAACAGAUUUAUCUGGUGGUGUUUCUUCCAAUUCCUCUUUUUAA